AUGCGGUUUAGAUAUUUUAAAACCAUAUUAGAGUCGCAGGACACGGAUUCUCCAAUUGCCGAUAUAAGUUGGUCACCAAAUAAUACAAAAUUAGCGGUGGCGACUUGCGAACGGGUCGUGCUUCUCUUUGAUCGUGAUGGGAUUCGACGCGACAAAUUUAGCACCAAACCAGCAGAUCCUUCCGCUGGAAAGAAAUCUUACGUGAUAACAAGUAUAGUGUUCAGCGAGAAUUCGGAACUCCUAGGGGUGGCACAAAGCGACAACAUGGUGUUUGUAUACAGGGUGGGUGCCGACUGGAGCGGCAAAAAAGUGAUCUGUAAUAAAUUCCCAUUAACCGGAGCGCCGUUGCAUCUAUUGCCCGCUGAAAAUGGGUUUUUCACUGGAACCAGUGAUGGGAAAAUAAGAUUAUUAGACUGUAAGAGUAACAAGAGUUCUAGUCUUUGGUCGGUCGGCACGUGUUGCGUGUCCCUUGCCCGCGGUCAAGACGCUACUUUGGCGUCGGGUCACGUUGACGGUACACUUUACCUCAACGGAAGGCUUCUGCUGCGGUACGCCUUGCCACCUACGGCCCUUGUUUUAUUACCGCCCUAUCUCCUAGUAGGCUCUUGUGACGGUAGAGUGGCAGUGUAUGAGGCACAACGAGGCGCCCUUUUACGGAAUAUUGAACCUGCCUUACUUCCGGAAAAGAAGGACUUCUUAGCAGUAUCACCUAGUCCAUCAGGACAGACGGUUGCAUUAGGAAUUUUUGACGGAUGUCUGAUUGGGGAUAUCAAGGAAUCUGGUGCUGUGGACUUUACGCCUGUUAAUAUUGACAAUUUGUAUGCUGCGCGUGCGCUGACCUGGAGCGGUGAUGGGACAAAGCUCGCUAUUGCUUCCCAGACAGGAGCGGUUAUCGUGUUGGAAGCUGUACUUAAGUGUUGGGUUUGGCGGGAAUCGGUUGAAGUACAGCAUGUAAGCGCUCGCCAGUUAUUAUUACGCCGAUUGGCGGGAGACGCCCCAGCUGUAACGCUAUCUUCUAAGCAUGCUGAUAUAUACACGGUCAAGUUUAUAGGUCAAGAUUGGUACGCAAUAUGUCGUACUGCGAGUACGCUGAUACUCUGCGAUAUAGCACAUGGUCUAACAAGUGAAAUACCAUGGAUGGGAACUGGGGAGCGUAUUUACGCAGCUGUUGGAGGAGCGUGUCUUAUACAUCGUGCGGGAGAGUUAAGCGUGGUCGAGUAUGGACUAGACAAAGUGUUACAUACGGUUCGAACGGAGCGCGUAAAUCCGCACGUACUCAGCGUGCGUAUCAACGAGCGAACGCAGAAUGGAGAGCGAAAGCACCUCGCGUAUUUGUUGGACCGACAGACGUUGGCUGUUGUUGAUCUUAUAACGGGAGUCCAGCUAGGUCAAUGGUGGCACGAAGCCCGUAUCGAUUGGCUGGAGCUUAAUGAGAGCGGGCAUUUGUUACUGCUGCGGGACACGCGCCGCCGGCUUGCGCUCUUGAGACUUGAUACUACCGAGAAGGAAAUAAUCGCGAGUGGCGUGAGUUUCGUUCAGUGGAUUGAAAAUAGCGAUGCGAUUAUAGCUCAGACGCCUACACAUUUACUGAUAUGGUACAGUGGUUGGGAGCCAAAUUGUGUUGAGAUGUGUGAGUGUGGGGGUGGAACAGUGCUAGAAGUGGUUGAGAGAAAAGUUAUUCUAGACGGUGGGCAGGUGGCUUAUAUAUCACUUGAUGAACAUCGACUUGCAUUUAAUAACGCGCUUCGCAAUGGUGAUUUGUCCGGCUGCGCAGCAUAUCUUGAUUCGGUUAAUACUGGUGCCGACAUUUCACCCUUAUGGCGCCAACUGGCCGAAAAGGCUCUUGAAAAGCAAGAUAUCGAGCUCGCGGCAAAAUGUUAUCGGGGUGUCGGUGAUGAGGCAAAAACAUUUUAUCUUGACGCCACUUUAAAAUUAGCUGACGCUGAAGGGCAAGGCGAUGUUUCUUCAGGCUUAGGUAGCGCUCUAGUUCAAGCUAAUCUAGCGAUUUUUGCUGGCGACCUAGCAACAGCCGAAGAUUGGUACAUUAGAAAAGCUGGCCAGGCAGAAUUGGCAAUUGAUAUGUACAAACAGUUCAAUCGAUGGACUGAUGCCAUAUCUGUGGCUGAACGCGUAGAUAGAACUGCUGUGCCGGGACUCAAACAGCAAUAUAUGGAUUAUUUACAUUCAACUGGUCGCAAAGGCGAGGCAGGCGCAGUAUUAGCAGCCAGCGGAGACAUUCGUGGUGCGAUAAAGAUAUGGGUGAGCGCUGGACGUGCGAGGCGAGCUGCCGCCGCCAUGUUGCAACAUCCCGCACUCCUGAGGGACAACGAACUGUUGCAUGCAGUACAUGAUCAACUUGUGCGGGAGGAAUGGUGGGAAAUGGCUGGUGAAAUAUCGGAGAGGCGGGGCGACAAUAAAACAGCGGUCGAGUACUACGCGAAAGGCAAUUAUUACGCCCGGGCUGUGCAGCUUGCUAGAGAAGCCUGUCCCGGAGAAGUAACACGCUUAGAGGGUGAAUGGGGAGCUUGGUUAGUGGAAAGUCAUCGUGCCGCGGCGGCUGUCCCGCAUCUUAUAGAGGCGGGACGUACAAGGGACGCUUUAGCCGCUGCUAUAGAGGCCCAUCAUUAUAAGAAAGCAUUGCAAAUUGUACAGGUAAUUGAUGAUAAGGAGUCAAUUAGACAAGAAUGUGAGCGACUUGGCGAGCAUUUCAUUACGAUUCAGGACUGGGAAACGGCCGAGCGUGUACUCAUAUCUUGUGGUAUGGCGGAACGUUGCGUGCGCGCAUAUAACUUAGCCGGAAAAAUAACUGACGGAUUGCGAGUCGCAACUGCGCAUAUAUCUGAGGAUGAAACUCGAGAUAUUUAUUUACCACUAGCAAAACAGUUACGAGAUGAGGGCCAGUUGAGAAAGGCGGAACAAAUUUAUAUAGGACUUGGUGACCCGGAUGAGGCCAUUUCCAUGUAUAAGAACGCAUCGCAAUAUGAAUCGAUGCUACGCCUCGUAGCAGCACAUCGUCCGUCCCUCGUAGAGGCUACGCGCCGUCACGUAGCACAAGCGUUACAAGCGGCUGGCGAUCUACGAUCCGCUGAAAACUAUUACAUACAAGCAGACGACUGGAAGAGCGCCAUAGGAAUGUACCGGUCAAACAGUCAAUGGGAGAACGCAGAGCGCGUUGCUCGUACCCACGCACCCGUGGCCGUACAGCAACAGACCGCGUUGCAGUGGGCAGCAACUUUGUCAGCUUCAGCCGCUGCUAGGUUACUUUCUGCUAGGGGACUUGCUGCUAUUGGAGCAAGAUGGGCGUUGCAGGCACAGAGAUGGGAUAUAGCCAUGGAGCUGUCAUCGCUCGGGGGUGGGAUAACAAAGCGGGAAGUGGCUCGUCAUGAAGCAUCAGCACUAGCGGAAGAGCAGCCAGAGGAGGCUGAAGCAGCGUUCCUAAGGGCCGGUGCUCCAGAUGAUGCAGUGUCUAUGUGGCUAGCUAAAGGAUACCAUCAGAGGGCACUUACCCUAGCAGAACAGUAUGCUACGCAUAUGGUAGAAGAAGUGUUAGUAGAGGGUGCGCGUGCAGCGGCUGAAAGAGGCGAUUUGCAGCAAUUCGAGACUUUGAUGAUACGAGCUAAUCGGCCCAGAGAAGUAGUGCAGCAUUAUAAACAACUUGAGAUGUGGGAGGAAGCGGGUCGUGUUUCCCGCGAGUACUUACCUGACAGCACGGAGGCCGUGCCUCCCGCAGUACCUCCAUUGCUGCAGAGAGCCGCCGAUCAUGCUGAUAGGGGCGAAUGGUGGGAGGCAGUACGCCUUCUAAUAGGCGCAAGCGCAGCGGCGGCCUCAGGCGGUGCUGGGCGCCUUGCAGAACGCGCGGCCUUACGAGCCGCUCGCCUUGCAAGGGAUAAACUCUCCGGCGACACGCGACGCGCCGCAGCUGACAUGCUGGUUGAAAGAUUCGAUGCCAUCGGCCAAGGUGAGGUUGGUGAACAGUUACGCGCUGCGUUGCUUGAGGGAGAAGUCGAAGAAGCCGGUUCAUCAGAAGCACCAGAAGAAGUGGACACCCCAGAAGUUCGAGAAGAGCUGGAAGUGGAAAAUUCAGCGCUUGAAAAGCUAGCGCGAGCGGGACAGUGGGCUCGUUGUCUCGCUCAUGCCGGCGCACGCGCACCGCAUUACGCGUUAAGAUACGCUGCGCAUUUGUUCAAGACGCAAGCUCGAUUAGAAGGCGUUAACAUCGAUAGUGAAGAAAUACCAGAAGCACUAUCACAAGUUCUAGAUACACUUAGGCAAUACUUAAUACUAGAUGAUGCGCAGAUAUCCAGUAGUGAUGUGCCUUUAGCUAAAGCUGUAUCUAAUGAGAUAUUGGUGCGAGUUUCGAUGGCCCCUAAAGCUUUUAGCGCUUUAAAAGAUGCAGCUGAAAUCUUGGUGGUAGCCGAAGCAGACGAUAAAUCGAUUCAGGCACUCACAUUAUUGAUGGGUCUGCACGUGCCCCAAAUUGCGGGCAGAGCGGCUCGAGCCCUGCCACGGUACACCGAUAUUAUUGUGGCUGAUGUGGCGUUCUAUGCGGCUGGCCUUGCGAUACGGGAAGAAGGUUCUAGUGGGUCACGCGAGGCUUUUGUUUUUCUCAAUCAUUGCCUGGACCUUGCUGAAGCAGCUGAUGAAGAAUCUCAUCACCUGCUUGAUUACACAGACUUUGAGUGCACCGACUGGGCCCGCGAGCCUCUCCUAUUGGAGCGCGCGUGUGUUCGCGGCGAAACGUUAGACGCUUUACGCGAUUGGGUUCUUGCGUUGUCUAUGGACCGGGACGUUGAACAGACCCUAGAAUUGGACAGUCGCGGAUGGUACGGCGCACGCGCAGCCGAGGGUGACGCGGUUUGUGUCUUAACAGGAUACCCGCUCGGCUCGCGACUCGUUACGUUUACUAAUGGUCGAUGUGCCAAUCGCGAAUGGUGGUCUCGAGCAUCCCAGGCAGCGCGUAAUAGUAACGCUGUUGCUUCAUCAUUGCUUCAACAUAUCACUAAAUGGUGUGGGCCAGCCGAUUUCUCCCAUAUUUAA